AUGUCGGAUCAUUCAACCUUUGACAACGGCAGUGAUGCACUAAGCAUUCUAAUCGAUGCAGCGAGUUCAAUUGGGGCCGACCGACAAACGCAUCCGGGAUUCGCUCGGUCAUCGCCGCCGAUGCCUCCAGCACCAGCCGUGAACCAAUGUCGAAUAUGUCAACGAACCUAUGAACGAGGGGACCACCUCACUCGUCACAUGAGGUCACAUGAGAAUUCUCGACCCUUCCGGUGUCAGCGAUGUCCAAAGACUUUCAAUCGCGUUGACCUUCUCAAUCGCCACGUUGCCACUCAUGAACGUAAUUUGGGUCAAAGCCGCCCAGAGAUUAGACGAACAGAGAGAGCUGGAAAAGCAUGUAUAGCAUGCGCAACAGCAAAGGCAAAGUGUGAAGAGCAAAAACCGUGUUUGCGAUGCCGAACAAAAAAUCUCGUUUGUGAAGUAUCCCAGCAAUCUUAUAAGAAAAGAUGUGUUUCGGGUGUUGCGAAAGAGCCACGUGACUCUAAUCCGGAGCAAGACUCUCUUCCUCUAGAUUCUGUGAUACAACCUUCGAGCAUAUUAGAUCCUAUUCUACAUAGCAAUGAUGGAACUGAUGAUUACACAACAACGAGUUCCUAUCCGGACUAUAGCGCCGAGAAUGCAGAAGCAAUACUGCAAUCUUCUUUCUCCUUAUCUGCACUAAACUCGGACAAAUCAACGGAAUUCAAUUUUGUUCAAGACCAACUACCUUUCGAUAAUCUUUCCAAUGAAAUGCUUUUCUUUCCUUCAACAAUUUUCAACAAUCAGAUCUCAGACUUCAGUUUUGAGGACUUCAACUUUCAGGAAGAGAAUUUCGAAUUUACCCCCAUGGUUUCAAAACGUCUGACAGUCGACGAGAGUACUGUCUCUGGGCCUUCACGAAAGGUCAAUGAUUCUAGAAGGGAUGUUGCUCGAGGGCAUGCAGCAUUUGCCCGCUCGCCUUGGCUAUGGACGCCAGCUUCAACCGAUCACAUUCUCAGGGAUCGGGAUAAUUUAGCGGUUGAUGAAGAAAACAUAUCUUUAAAUCUCUCCCCUAACGGUGCAAGGCCUUAUGAACAUCUCUCUAUAACAUCUUCCUUGCGAGACAAGAUGUUUCACCUCGUCUCCACGACUAACAAAUAUGCGAGUGGUAUACCAAGUUUUCCUUCUUUAGAUUUACUGAAUUGUACGAUUGAAGCGUUUUUCUGCCAGCAAAGCAAUCAAGACGAUAAUUGGAUUCACACCCCAACAAUAUAUUUAAAAGAUGCCCAACCAGAGCUUUUGAUUGCCAUCGUGGCUGUUGGAUCCACUGCCAUCUCCUUACCUGCUGUAUGGAGAAUGGGACUGGCCCUUCAGGAUGUAGUGAGAUUGAGUGUAUCUGAAUUGUGGGAAAGGGCUAACAGUAACACUCGAAAACUCCAGCCACUACAAGCUUGGAUGCUUUCCCUCGAGCUUGGUUUAUGGAGUGGUUUUCAGAGAAACAUGGAACUAGCCGAGAGUUUCUCGCAACCUUUGAUCACGAUGAUGCGCCGUGGUGGAAUUUUGUCAGCCGCUUCAGAUUCCCAGAAUCUGAUGCCAAACCAAAAUGAUACCGGAAAAAGCCUGGAAGCAAAAUGGCAAACGUGGGCACAAAGAGAGUCUUUCAAAAGAUUGUCUCUCAAACUGUUUCAGCAUGACACUCGUGCUUCUUUAGCCCUUCAAAAACCCCCAUUGAUUAACUUUACGGAACUAUCUUUCUCAGUACCCGCAUCUCGUGAAUUAUUUCUAGCUGAAUCUGCAGCGGAUUGGAAGUCAGUGUACCUGAAAAAAACUCAUUCAUCGGUGGUCCCACCACCUCGCUUGAUCGAUAUUAUGCACAACUCCUGUGGUCUCGAAGAUCUGGAUGAACUUUGGAACGUAGAUCUGUGUUAUGAAGCAGCGUUGAAUGGCUUUUGGGGGCAAAUAUGGGCAAUCGGAGAGUCAGCCCGUUUUCAUGGUAUUGAUGGAAAUAAAGACUCGGUUCAUCGGCUAUGGAUAAGUACUCAGCAGCGAGAGCUUUAUCGUGAAGUCGAAAACUUUCGAGAUCGAAUUUUAGGCAGAGCAAAAUUACCUUCAGGACUUAACAUCACAGCCGAAUUAUUUUUGCUAGCUCUGUGUGUUUCUCCUGAUGAGUUACAGCGAUUCGCUGGUAAAUCCGGCCAAGAAGCAGCAUCUCAGAGUUUGAAAUCAUUAGAACGAUGGUAUACAACGGAAAGUGCAAGGAGGGCAAUUUGGCACGCCGGACAAAUCUUUCACUGGGCUUCGUUGAUGGCUCCGGCUCAGUUGCGGGAUUUCUACACCGUUGCCGUCUACUUUGCCAGUCUUACCAUGUGGGCAUAUGGACAUCUCUCAAAUAGCAUCGCCCGCGAGAGUAAUAAUGAGACAAAGAAGACUCGCGAUUCCCCUCAACCAGAGGUUAAUCUUAUUGGUCCCGAAAGUCGCGAGACUCGGUCAUUCAUAUCCAGUGGUCAAGGGACGCCGAUUCUAAUCCUGCCACCUCGAAAUUCAACGGAUAUCAAUGCUAUCGCCGGAACGUCUGAAACCGACGACUUCAAUUUGAACAACGAAAAGAUCCGACUGAGUAACCCUAAUGAGGUGCUUAAGAUGGCGCGAGAUCUCUAUCGAAGCAACUUUCCAAUUCUGGAGGAACCGCUUCCGCCUCUGGUGGAGAAUUGUAGCAAUUUGAUGAGGGAUCUUAGUUGUGUUCCCGAAAGUCGAUUUUCUAGAUGUGCUAGUCCGACAGAGAAAUAA